GGCAGCUCGGCCAAGGCCGCCCCGCAGGCGCACGAACUGCUGUUGGGAAGCCGAUUGGCGGCGGCCGCCGGGGCCUUCCCAGUCUGAGCUGCGUUUCCUGGCUCCCGACCCCCGGUUCUCAGAACCUUUAUAUUUAAGGAACACAAAAAUGAAAAGAAAGGUAGUGAAUGCCAGCAAGGUGAGACUGAGUCCUAAUGAGGAAGCCUUCAUUUUAAAAGAAGAUUUUGAGAGAAGACGAAAACUAAGAUUGUUACAGGUUCGAGAACAAGAAAGGGAUAUCGCUUUACAGAUAAGAGAAGGUAUAAAACAAAGGAGAAAUCAGCAAUUUACUCGUUUGGCAGAGGUAUUAAGGGCAGAAUGGGAAGAAUCACAAACUCAGAAAAUAAACAACUUGGAAAAACUAUAUUUGGCAAGUUUAAGAAAUAUGGGAGAAGGACACCAACAAGCCAAAGAAAAUGAACCUGAUUUGAAUGCUCUGGCACAGAGGGCAGCAGAAAGAAAAAGAAAAGCAGAAGCAAGGCAUAAAGAGGCCCUGAAAGUACAGAAAAAUCAAAAAGAAAUGUUAAUGAAACAAAAAACCUGGCACAUAAAAGCUCGAAAGGAAGCACUGCUUGUGGAAAAAGAGAGAUCUGCCAAAAUUACAAGUCUGCCACCUCCUCCACCAACUCUUUUUGAGAACAUUGAAGUAAAGAGAAUUUCUAAUGUGAAAACCAGUAGUUCUACCUACCAUCAUCUUUCCACUUUUGUAAAUAGAGAGGCAGACACAAAACAGCCAGAUCCUCAUUUGGCUGCUGAAGAAGAAGCUAAAAGACUGGAAGAAGUACAAAAACAAGCAGCGAAAGAGAAAUUGGAACAGAGUGAGAAGGCACAUGUACGUGGUUUCCAAGCAAUGAAAAAGAUCCAUUUGGCACAGAAUCAAGAGAGACUAAUGAAAGAACUCAAACAGCUACAACAAGAGGACCUGGCACGUAGGAGACGGACUGUAGCACAGAUGCCACCACAACUACUUGAACUUCCAUACAAACGCAGUGAAAUGAAGGAAGACUGGCAGAGAGAGCUAGAAUUUGCCUUUGAAGACAUGUACAAUGCUGACAGGGAGGUGAAAGGAAACCUGAUUUUGCACUUUGAACCGGAGCCUUUGCCCACUGUAACUGGUGAGAUCCAAGAUGAAGAACUGGACCUUUCAAUGGAACAAGAAAAUCUAAGUGAAACUGAAAACCCCCCAAUGACAGCAGCAGAAAUAAUAUGUUCUAGUGAAGCAGACGUUCCCUUGACAAUGAAGACCCAGCAGCUCCCUUCAAAAAUUCUUUUUAAAAAAUUAUUAAAUAAGAUCCGAAACCAAAAAUCUCUCUGGACAAUUAAAUCCAUGUCUGAGGAUGAAAGUGAAACGAUUACAACUGCUAGUGAAACUGAGAGUAAAGCCCCAACAGUUGAAUCAGAAACAACUGCUGUUGAAGAGGGAACAUUAUCCUCUGGGCAGGAACAAGUUGUUGAAAGUGAUAUGUUAACAGUUGACUCUGGCCCACUUACUAGUGAAGAUCAACCAAUUUUAUGUGAUGCAGACUCUAAAAAGGAACAAGAAAUAAAUGAGAUUGAACCUACCACAGCAGUAGCUCAGAGUUCAGUGCUACUCCAUCCCCAAGAAGAAGCAGCUAGGAUUAGAAUGGCAUCAAGACAGAAACAGAUAAUGGAAAUAGAAGUGCAGAAGCAGAAGCAGUUGGAAUUACUUGAACAAAUUGAACAACAGAAGUUAAGAUUAGAAGCUGAUUGCUUCAGGGCUCAGCUAGAAGAAGAAGAAAGAAGAAAAACUCAACAGACUGGGGUUGGCACUGCUCCAGCAUUGUGCACCAUAAGUAUUGAUGAAGAAAGGCAUAGGCGGAUGAUUCGUAACUAUCAACGUCAGCUUUUACAGCAAAACAGGUUUCAUAAACAGUCCAUUGAAACUGCCAGGAAACAAUUGCUCGAAUAUCAGACUAUGUUAAAAGGAAAGUACCCAUCCAUGACAGCUGCAUCAUUAAUGUCUGCUCCCGUGACAUCAGCCCCACCACAGAAAUCUGAAAGACCGACUAUUAUAACAGAACAUUGGGAUCAAGGUCAGAGACCCAAGCUGAGUCCUAACAAAUAUCAACCUAUACAACCCAUACAGAUCCCCAGAUUAGAACAAGAUUAUUUUCAGGUUCCAAGACAAAAUCACUUCCCACAAAGACAGGUGGAAACAACAGAAACAGAUGUUUUAGCCAAGAAAUGUUUGGAGUCACAAGAACAGCCAAAGCUAUUUUCACAGACUGAAACACAACAGAGAGACUAUAUAUCGGUCCCUAAAGAUUCUCAUGUACUUUCAAGGGCUUUAUCACAUGAUAAGCCACUAAUAUUGCAGCAUGCUAGUGAAGUAGCUGAAACUUUAGACUCCCAGCAAAUGUUCUCAGAAAACAAUGAAAGUACAUUUUCUGAGCCAACUGAGCCUUCUUCAUUCCUACCACUACUAGCUGAGCAUUCAUUUAGUUCUCUACCUGCUGAAGCUGAACCUGGAAAAAUCAAAGAACCCUUUCCAACCUUGAGCAAAAGUACAGUUUCUAUAAGCCGUUCUGUAAUCAGCCAAAUGAAGGAUAAGUCUUUGCCAUCCUCAGAAAACAUCAUAGCCCAGCAAGGUAAUUUGAAGGCUCUCCAAGAGCAGUUGGACCUACAGAAGGAAAUUCUUCGGUCCAGACAGGAAGCUCAGGAACAAUUGCUUUUGGGCAAACAGAAAGAAUUAGAAAGGCAAAUUGGCAUCUCUCUGUUCCUUCCAUUGGUACCUGUGGAUUCCUCUGCUCCACUGCCUUCUGCCAAAGCUGACUCAGGGAGAAUCCAGGAAUCUUCUCCAACCAAGAAUGAUAGUACAGUUUCUUCAGGCCACCCCAGGGUUCCACAACUUCAGAAUAGGCUUUUGAGUUUUUCACAGCCUAUCUUAUCACAGCAAGAUAAUUUUAAACUUCUUCAGGAGCAGUUAAAUUCCCAGAGGGACAGCCUUCAGGCCAGGCGGGAAGCCCAGGAAGUUUUAUGUGUACAUCAACAGGAUAAGCUGGAUAGAAGACUGUGGUCUGAACAGACCGAGCCACCUUCUCAGGUAGCUCAGCAUACAUUCACUUCAUUACUUCCUGCUAGUACUCAAUCUGGAAAAAUCCAGGAGCAGUAUUCAUCUAAGAGUGAGGAAGGAUUUCUCUCAAACCAGUCUGAAGUCCCCAAAUCUCAGGAUGGCUCUUUGAGUUUCCUCCAGCAGUUCCUACCUUUGCAUGACAGUUUGAAGUUGCUCCAGGAGCAGCUGACUGCACAGAGGGAUGCUCUUCAGGCUAGGCACGAAGCCCAGGUGGGACUCCUUUUACAUAGACAAAAGGAUUUGGGGGAUAGUAAGUCGGAACAGAUGAGUUCUUCAUUCCCAACAAUGGUUGCUCAACAUUCAGUUGCUCUGCAGGCUUCCGCUAAAAUGGAGCCUAGGAGAAUUCAGGACCUUUAUUUGUGCAAGGAGAAUACAAUUCCCUUGAGUCACUCGGUAAUCCCAGCAUUUCAGGAUGAGUCUCUCCAUUUUCCACAGCAUAGCCUGCCACAGCAAGAAAAUUUGACAGCGCCCCAAGAACAACCACACAUGCAGAGGAUAAGAAGUGGUGCUAAACAGGAAGCUCAGGAAUAUGUACACAAACAAAAUGAAUUAGAAAAAGGAAUUUCUUCUGACCAGACUGGCCCCUUUUUAUCCUUGUCCCAGGUAGGUGAAUCUGAAAGAUACCAGGAAUUUAUGGCAAGUGACAGUGCAGGGCCCUUGAGCCAUUCUAAGAUCUCAAGAUCUCAGGAAAGGUUUCUGAGAUUUUCACAAGAUAAUUUAGAGGCCCACCAAGAAUGGCUAGACACAGAGGAGGCCCUUCGUUGUAGCCAGAAAACCCAAGGAAAUACAUUCUCUGAACAAACUGGUUCCUCUUCAUUCGUACCCCAUUUGAGACAGCUUUCAUUUACUUCAUUACCUUCUGAAUCUAGUACAACUCAGGAACCUCUUUCAACAGAGAGUGAUGGCAAAAUUCCUUUGCACCAUAUUCAGAUCCCACAUUUGCAGGAUAGGCUUUUGAGGUUAUCACAACUUAUCCAGCCUCAACAAGAUAAUUUGAAGGCACUUGAAGAACGGUUAGCUACACAAAGGGAAGCCAUCAUUCAAUCUAGACAAGAAGCCCAGAAAGAGUUACAUAAACAGAAAGAGUGGAAGGAAGGAAUAUCUCUUGGCCAGGUUGGCACCUCUCCCUUCUUACCCCUAAGCAUACAACAUUCAUUUGCUUCGUUACCUCUUACUGAAUCUGAGAGAACCCAAGAAUCUUGCCCAACUAAGAGUGACAAUAUAGCUUCCUCACAUCAUUCUGAGAUACCAAGAUUGCCAGUUAGCCUUUUGGGUGAUUCACAGCCUGGUUUACCUCAACAGGUUAUGUUACCUAAACAAAAUAAAUUUGAGGAAAAGAUAUCUUCUGAGCAUCUUAUUCAACCUCACCAUCGUGAUUUGAUGGUACUUCAGCAGCAGUUAGAUAUACAGAGGAAAACCAUUCAGUUUAGACAGGAAGUCCAAGAAGAGUUGCUUUUGCAAAGACAAAAUAAAUUGGAGGAAAGGGUAUCAUCUGAGCAGGUUAGUGCCUUUUCAUCUUUAUCCCAGGUAGCACUGCCUGUUGACUCUGAAAGACUCCAAAACUCUUUUGCAACCAGAAGUAACUAUACUGCUCCCUCAAGUCAUCCUGAGAUCCCCAGGUCACAGGAUCAGCUUUUGAAUUUAUCACAGCCUAUUUUGCCUCAGCAAGAUCACUUGACAGCACAGUUGGACUUGCAAAGGGAAGAGGUGUGCUCUGAUGAAAAGGCCCAGGAAGACCUGCUUUUAAACCAAAAAAGUAAGUUGAUUGAAAGUGAGUCUUCUGAGCACACUACUACCUCUUUGUUUCUACCCAAGGAAAGAGAGCAUUCAUUUAUUCCACUACCUUUUGCUGAAGUUAAAAAUAAAGACAUAUGUGAGUUGGAGUCAUCCAAGAAUGAACAUGCAGUUUCUUCAAGCGAUUCUAUGAUCCCCAAAUUUCAAGAUAGACUUUUGAGUUUUUCACAGCCCAUCUUAGCUCAGCAAGGUAACUUGGAACUUCAGAAGCAGAUAGAUCUACAAAAAGAAGUUCUGCAUUAUAGGCAAAAAGCGCAAGAAGAGCUGCUAGUACAGAGACAAACAGCACUGCAGCAACAGAUGCUGAAACAUCAAGAGACCUUGAAGGAUUUCUUUCAAGAUGGUCAGAUGAGUAAGCCCACUCUUGAAAAUGAUUUAAAACCCCAGAUGCUCAGACAGUGGCUUCCUCAUCUUCAAGACCAAGCAAGAGACGAUUAUGAGAACAUUAGUCCUGCAGACAGCAGCAGCUCUGCUGAUAAUCAGCUGCUUUCAGAAGGUAGUAGUACCAAGCAGAGUGGUGAACAUCCAAUCCAAGAGCUGGGCAGGAGAGCCUCAAAGCCACCUGUAGCAAAAGUUAAAUGUGGAUUAGACUUGAACCAGCAUGAACUCAGUGCUAUACAAGAGGUAGAAUCACCAGCAAGUGGCAGACCUUCUAUACUAGGUAAACCAGAUUUUUAUCAAGACAGGGACCCCCUGAGGGUCUCUAUAAGUCGAGAACAGAGUUUCCCUUGGGCCCCACUGGACCGUGAUCCAUUUGCUCAUCCUUACCCAAUCGCCCAGGAGAAUAUCUGUGGUGAUGACUGUCAUGAAGCAGUUGAGGUCACGGAGGCAGAGGUUGAGAAUCAUGCAGUAUUAAGUUAUGCUGUGGAGAAAGAACAUACAUAUGUGAAUCCAGCUGUGAAGCCAGAUAAUAAGGCUGAAACACAAGAGAUUUAUCUGGAGCCAUUAUCUUCAGUAACUGUUUCUACUGGGAGCUUAAGUAAUGAAAACACAGAUUUGAGCUUUACAGACCCAGAGUCAUUUCCAGAGCAUGUGGACCAUGGGGAACAAGUACCUACCACUGGCAAAGAACAAGAAACAAUUAUUUUAACAUCUACAUUUCCUCCAUCACAAGUUAUUUACCCAAGACAGGACUCUUGGGAUGUUCAUAAACCUCUGUUGCCUACAGCGGAAAAAUUUACAUCUGGCCAAGCACACAUUCAGUGCAUGAUAGACAAGAACAUAAAUGAAGCAAGCUUGAUGACUGAAAAAACAGACUUGCAGGUUGACCUUGACUUUCCAGAAUUGGAAUACAUUUUUCCAAACUUGCAUCAUCAGCUGUUUAAACCCUUAGAACCACAGCCAGAUUUUGAUUUGUUGUCAUUGUCCUCUGGGAUUUCUCAAGAGAGCAGAGACUUUUACCAGAGCUUAGAUGCUUCAUGUGAAAGCCACAGCGCAACUCUACCCUCCAAAGGCACGGUUUCUUUUACAGCACUGAGGAGGACCAGCCUGCUUUCUCCUCUCAACAUAAGCCUGAAUCAGCAACCUGGCCCUAAUUUGCCUCAUACUGCAGCUGAAGGUUUUGACACAGAAAAAAUUAUUGAGGGAUCUGAACAAUCUUUUCAACAGCUUCUGCCAGAAUUUUCUUCACAAGAAGGGAGCCAGCAUGCUGAUCUACCAAGUAUUUUUGGCAUUGAAGCAAGAGAUUCUUCCCAAGACAUGGAAAAUCAGAACUUCUCCUCUGAACCAAGUGAUAUACUACAAAAUAAAGGAAAAAAUGUUCAUUUCCAGCUCUCUGUAGAAAAUUUGCAAAGUUCAGUCUUCAGUUCAUCUGCUGAGGCUACUGAAUUUCAUCAAUUAAACUUACAACAUAUCACUCCAUUUAGUUCUACUUACAGUGAGUGCUCAGUGAACGACCAGUUAGAAGGCAGAAAAGAAAGACUGGGCUUUGAAGAGUUAUCACAAAGAGGGGUUGAUAAAGUGUCACAAAGUCAAGGACUCACUGAAAAGGAUAAAAACAAAACGUGUGGAGUUUUAAAUGUAAAUCCACAUGUACAAGAAAUUGACUCACAAUUAUGUGUAAGAAUGGUAGAAAUGGGAACUUCAGUUCAGUUACCGUAUUCAUUAACUGUUCAGAAUGAAAAAUACCUUGAUAACUCAACUAAAGCAGAAACUCCACAAAUCAUACCAAACCUAUCUCAACCAUCGCAAUCAGAGCUCUUUUUCAGUUCUGGAUCAUUUUCUCUACAGAACUCUAUUCCAGUCUGGGAGACAGAGUCUGGCCAUGGUAUAAUGGAAGAACCAGAACUUACAUUAGUAAGCACCAGUGACAUCAGUAUUGCUGAAAUGGAUUUUGCAAACCUAACCCUAGAAGAAAAGAAUGAGGGAGAAAGCUUACAGGCAAGUGAAUUUCUGCCUCUUGUACCGGAAAUAGAAAAUUCAGGUUAUCCAGCUGCAUCAGAGCAUUCUGUGGAGAAGCCAACUGCAGCAUCUUCAGAAACCCUCCCAAAGUUUACACCUGCACCAGGAAGCUUACAAGAAGCAUUUAUAAAAAGGAAAAAAUCAUUUAUAGAGAGAUCCUGCCAGAGACAGAAAGAAAUAAGGAAUAAAAGACAAGUCUCUAAAAAUUGUAGAAGCCAAGUAAUCAAGGGGAAUCCUACAGGUUCAUCUGUGAGUCACCCAAAGGGUGUGAACAAAGUUAGAGUGUCACUUCCUGAGGACAGAAAGACUGCACAAGCCCUUAUGCAGCAGAGGGCUCUAAGAUUAUACAAUCAGUUACCUGAAGUAAAACAGCAAAAGGAAGAAAAAGCAAAGCAAGAUGCUUAUGCCCAAAACAGAGCAAGGGCAAAAGAAUUUCAUAAGAAAACACUAGAGAAACUUCGAGCCAAAAAUACAUGCUGACUUUGUACAAAAAGUGUAAAGAGUUUUUAUUAUCUGUAACAUAGAUACAAUUAUUUAAAGUUAAUAAAUUUUUAUUUAAGGAAUUUCA